AAGAGAACACAAAGCUUUGCAAACAAACUUGUUAUCAAUUUGAGCGCAUAUUAUUGAAAACAAAUCAAAAGAUGCCUGGUGGGCUUGAAGAAGAAAUUGGGGUGAGUGAUGAGCUUAUCAAGAAAGCUUGUACACUCUCCAAGAAAGCUCACACUUCAUCUAAAAAUCCAUUUGUGAGUGAGAAAAUUCGCAGUUCAUCCGAGAUUGUUUUUGGGUUCUCUGGAUCUUGGUCUGUGCCUGAUUGGUUCACUGAAAAUGGUUUUUUUGGGGCAAUUAAGGUUGAUCGUCUAAAGUUUCCUUCUCUCAGAAGCAUCGGCACCGACGAAGUCGCUUCGGUGAAUGAUGCAUUCAUGGGGAGAUUUGAGAAGAUUCUAGCAACAUCAUCGCUCAAAGAUGAGGUAGAGAAAGCAGUCAAAAAGAAUCAGCAAGUAGUGUUUGCAGGGCACUCUUCAGGUGGUCCAGUGGCCAUUCUUGCAACCGUCUGGUUUUUAGAAAAUUACAUAAGAACAGACAGCAGCCAAAAGCCGCCUCGCUGCAUAACAUUUGGAUCUCCUCUUAUUGGUGAUCGGAUUUUCCCACAUGCUCUUAGGCGAGAGAAAUGGGCUGAUUGCUUCACACAUUUUGUGAAGAAGUAUGACAUCGUCCCUCGUCUAAUGCUCACCCCUCGUGCGUCCAUUGAACAACAAUUAGGGACAAUUCUCGCUUACUUCAACCCAAAAUCCACGAAUUCCCAGCGUGAAUCUAUUGAGAGAGCCACAGACACUUCAGUUUUCUGUAUGACAGUGAUGAGAAAUGCGUCGUUAGUUGCAAGUCACGCGGCUUGUAGUCUCAAGGGGAGCAACAAUUUGAUGUUGCAAACACUAACCAACUUUAUACAAGUUAGUCCUUACAGACCUUUCGGCACCUAUAUAUUCUGCUCUGGGAAUGGAAAACUGGCUGUUGUGAAGAACCCCGACGCUGUUCUGCAAUUGCUGUUCUACUGUUAUCAGCUGAGCAGUGAAGCAGAAGCUGGAGAGGUUUCCAUUAGAAGCUUAAAGGAACAUUUGGGCUAUGAAAGUGAAUUGAAAGAAAGCCUGGAAAUGCAGGAUGUGGUUUUGUUCGAUCCCACUAAAGAGUUCCCUUUGACUUCAGAUGGCAGUGCACUUCCUGAGGCUGCAACAAUUAACACGACCUUGAAUGACCUUGGCCUGAGCACAGCAGCCAGGUUGUGUCUUCGCGCUGCUGGAGAAUUAGAGAAUCAAAAACGGAGAAACCAGGCUACGGUUGAUUCCAAGAUAAAUGAUAUUGAAGAGAGACAAAAUAUCAUAAAGGAGUACCAAACUAGAUGUAGAGUUCAGAAGACCGGUUAUUAUGAUGCCUUCAAGAUCCAGGGACUCAAGGAUGACUUCCAUGCUAACGUGACGAGGCUGGAGCUAGCAGGCAUGUGGGACGAGGUUAUGGAAUUUUUAAAAAAGUAUGAACUUCCUGAUGAAUUUGAGGGCAGGAAAGAGUGGAUAGAGCUAGGAACCAAGUUCCGGCGAUUGGUGGAGCCUCUGGACAUUGCCAACUACUAUCGGCAUGCGAAGAAUAAGGAUACUGGAUUUUACAUGAAAUUGGGUAUUAGGCCAAAACGUUAUACAUUCACCCAAAGGUGGCUUGAACAUGCUGAGAGGAAGGAGCCCAAUGCCUGCUCGGAAUCCUGUUUUUGGGCUGUGAUGGAGGAAAAAAUAGCUAGUAACAAGAAAUCGCCUGAGGACGUGGAGGAGAUCGUGACAGAAGCACUAAAAUGUGUAGAGGAUGAGGAGAUAGCAUUAGCAGGUAAGGAUGUCUUCUUGGAAAAAUCUACCUUUGUCCAGUGGUGGGAAACACUUCCUGACCACCUUGCACAAAAUCCUCGCCUUCUUCCGCAUGUAAGCCACUUGAAAAGGAAUUCAGGAUAGAGGCAUUUGCUUAUGAAAGGUUCAGACUAUUUCAAACAGUUGAGCUCCAAACUUUGUUCCCUUUUCAUAGUAUCAUGUAGUUCAUGUGAAAACAAUAAGAUUACUCUAGUCUCUAGCUAUAUGUAUGCAAAAUCUUGUGUUUGAAUGAGCAGUUUAAACUUUGUUCUCUUUUCGUAGUA